AUGACCGUCCCCCUUACAGGAGCCAGACACCAGUGCCGCUCCUGCUGCCGGACGGUCUGCGACCGGUGCUCCACGGUUCCGCUGAACAGCGUCCGCACCUGCCGGGUCUGCUACUUGCGGGAGGGCGGCGGGAAGUACGCGGAACAGCGGCGGGAAAAGUACGUGUUCUUGGUGCGCCACGCACAGAGCACGUGGAACCAGAAUGUGGAGAUGGUGAAGACCUUCCGCAACUGCUCCAUGGAGGGCAUGUCGAUGAAGGCCGCCGUGAGACAGAUGGGCACGCUGGUGUCGAAGGAAGUCUGGCACAGGGACCACCCGAUCUCCGAGGAGGGGCUCCGGCAGACCCAGGAGCUGCGGCAGAAGAUCGCGGCUUGCCAGCGGCGGGCCAGGCGGGCCGGCCCCGCGGUCGACACCAACGGCCUCGGCGGCGGGUCGGCGCGAGGAGGGCCCUGGUGCGACUGGGACGACGGCGGCGCCGACGCGGCGGAACGCGGGCUGGUGGGCUGCCCGGAGGUUGCCGAGCAGGAGCGCGUGCGACGCUUCUACUCCACGUUCUUAGACACCAGGCAGCAGGUCGAGCUGCUGGGGUUCGUCGUGCCGUUCGAAAUGUUGCUGCUGGAGUGCGUCCUGCUGCUCGCGGUCGCGCGGCCGGAGUCCGUCAUCCCGCCCCCGGCGGCGCCGCUGGCGUUUGUCCGGCUGCCUGUGGACCGCAUAUCCCGCGCGACGCCCGCACCUGGGGGCGCCGUUGGUCGCGGCGACUUUUUGUUCGGCGCCCCCGCCGGGCCCGGGUGA